GGUUCUUUGUCUUUGUUCUUCCCUAAAUUCCCUCGGUUGACGAGUAAGGAAGUAGUACUUACCUCGUCGUUCUGGCAAAGCGUUGGAAAAGCAGCUGCUCAAGAUUUUCAUGAGCGCAGGCACGAACAAGUAGAUGCAGGGGUACUCACUAGUAGACUGUUGUUGCGGCGCGCGGGACAACAUGAGAUAUAUCAAUGUGAAUGUUGGUCCUACAUCACCUCGAUAGACCGCUAAAGUAGUACAACCCGCCUCCGGAAGCACUAUCUAGAUCUAGUUGCGCUGGUUGUCAGCGACAAUAGUUUACCUCCGUCUUAGUUGUGUACUUUUAUACAAAAGAAACAGGCGGUUCUGCUUGAUCCAUAGUUUUUCUACGUGAGCGCAGCUGCAAGACACUUUUGAAAUGGUGGCCUACUCCGAGCUGUGUAGCCGUCUCCCGUCGCUUCCCGCGAUGGAUGAGGAGGCAAAUCUGAACUUCCAGCAACGCUUAUGAGAGUGCACAGCUUCCUCUAGAUAGUUCUUCUCAUGCACGAUUCCCUCGUGCAAAACACCAACUCCAAUCGUCCUUGUGGCGCUGUUUGUGUUUGCAUGACAAAUUCCGGAAGCAGCCAAACUAUUACUGAUACAUGCGUCGCAUAAUUAAGAACUUGUCAUGCUGAGGCUCCAUGUUGAUGUUAUUUGUAGGCGUUUCUAUUGCUGUUCCCGCCUUUCAAGUCAGGAGCGAAGAGAGGCACCAGUUGUGUAGUCUCAUACCGCUACGAAAGCCUCCACGCGAAGCAGAGGGCAAUCGUCGCGGAGUACAUCGACCUCGAGGUGGAGAAGAAGGAAAAACAGGGGGAAAGCUACGACCAGGAGAAUAUCCUGUGCAAAAGUAUCGUACUGGUGGUAAUUGCGAUCAUGCAUGACAAAUCCCACUCCUAAGCAAAAUCAGCAUUACAAACUCCAUUUUCGCUCUUGGAAACAUUUGUAGUGCAAGUUCGACUACUACGAUACUUUUUGCACAGGAUAGAGAAGGCAAAGGAGCGAUUUGCGAAAAUGGUGCACAUGAUGGAAUAUGAACUGCAAAUAUGUCUAGGUCUGGCAGAUUGCCAGGUUUGUCAUGCAUAUUUUGCACAGCCCAUGAUGUUUGUAAUGCAUGCCCCAGCAUCACAGAUUCUUAGAGGGCUUCGUAAUGCCUAUUCCGCAUGAGAAAUGCCCUUUCCGCGGAGCACAAACUGGAGUUCUCUUUCUGGUCAUGCAAUACAAAUCUUUUUCGAAUCCGGAGACAGCAUCACAAGUUUAGAAUCUUCCAGACCCAGACAUAUUUGCAUUUGAUAUGGAAAAGCGAGCGAGCGAGGACUUGGAAAGUUGCACUAUUUUGUAAAUAGUAAAAGGAAAGAACGGAAAAGAAUGCAUUUCCACUGUUCCUUGCAAUAAGGCUGCGAGCGCGACUCAGCAUGAUACCCUGUUUUUAACGUUCGCCAAGUACCCUGUUUUGAGGUUGUUCCUCAAAAUUUACACUUUGCCACGCAACUGCAAGAAGAGGAAUGACUUGCUCAUUGCAACAAGAAGCAUAGCAGCAUUUUUACGGGAUGUAUCAUUUUGUACCGCACAGCUCAGGACUGUGUUUUUGAGAAGCACCGCGGAUUUCAUUGAUUAAACACAGCUGCUCAAGAAAAGAAGUUUUCUAAUAUUUGGCGUACACUUACAACAAGCAAA